AUGAUGGGACCAUCCAAAUUCCACGUGGCCACUUCAAGAUUACGCCUCGGUCAUGCAAUCUUGGUAUUUACAUGUGGCGACCUUGCCAGGAUUCAAGGAUUUACUCGUUUUGAGGAGCAAGUUCUCGAUAGGAACAGUGACUUUCAUACCUUAUUGUUAAUAGUGUCAUACUUUCAGUGCUAUUUUAAUUUUGAUGUGUUGAAAGCUCAGGCUGAGGCAUUAGGCCUUCAAGGAAAUGAUAUUGCUCAGUAUGUCAUUAGUCAACAGACACUUGCAAGGGAGGAGAGAGCAAAAGAAAGAGCAUUUCAGAAAGAACAAUUAGAAGCGGAGAAAGAAAAGGUUAAACUUGAACAUGAGCUUCAGAUGGCUCGGUUAAACAAUCCUUCAGCCAGCUCAUUCACUUCGGUCCUUUUUGAUGGCGCUUCGCGCCCUUGCUUACCAGUUUUUAAAGAUGGGGAAGAUAUGACUUCAUACUUAAUAAAGUUUGAGCGCAUUGCCAGCUUGUUAAAUUUUAGAGAAGAAACUUAUGCUAUCAGACUGGGAAAUCUGCGAGUAUAUGUGAAAGAACACAACGUCUCCUCUUUAUCUGAUGCGGUAAGCCUGUCGGAUAAUUGGGCAUCUGCUCAUAGUGCCUACCCCAAGUCGUAUCAAUCCUUUGACCAAGGUAAGAGAAGUGUGGCUCCAAAGCCCCCGACUCCAAUUCAGCCAGCUUUGAAAAGAGAUUUUUCAUCUGUUAAGUGUCAUGGGUGUGGUGACAUUGGACAUACAAGAUCUCGCUGUCCUAAAAAUCCCUUAGCUUACAAACAGUACUCCUCAGUUCCAACUCAUAAAGUCGGAUUUAGUCUAAAUAACAGAGGAAAGUCAAAGUUUAUGACAGCUGGUACCUUGAAUGGGGCUUGGGUCUCCACUAUUCUCAGAGAUACGGGGUGCACAUGUGUUAUUGUAUCUGACAAGUUGUUACCUGAUGUUGAUGUUUCUAGCACUGAUCUGGUGGGGAUAGAAGAUUAUCUUGGCCGGGUGGAUUAUUUCCCCAAAACUAAAUGCUUUUUGAAAUGUCCAUACUUUGAAGGUUGGGUUGAUGUGGUGAGAGCACCAAUUAAAUUUUGCAGUAUUUUGGUUGGGAAUGUACCAGGGGCAUAUAAUCCCAAAUUAUCUCCAGAUUUUGACUUAAAUGUACCUCAACAUUCAAAUAAUGCGCCUCUUGAUUAUUCAUGUGCAAUUCAAACUAGAUCCUCUAAAGUAAAAAGGGUUCACCCUUUAGUCUUACCAGAGAUUGAACCCCUUAAAGUUACCCCUGAGGAAUUUGCUAAAUUGCAGGCAGAAUGUCAUUCUCUGACCAAAUUGUGGGAAAAAGUGAAGUCUGAAGAACUUGAUAAAAUGCGAGACGGUACAGAAUUUAAGUAUGAGCAAAGAAAUGGUCUGCUUUACCGUACUUGUGUUGCUUCAAAGCAUUAUGAAAGAUUAGGCAAAUCUUCCCUAGUAGUACCCAGUGAAUGUAGAGCUAUCAUUCUCUCGGUAGGUCAUGAGAGCCCCUUGGCUGGCCAUUUCUCUCAUCGGAAAUCAGAAAUGCGCAUUAAAGACCAUUUCUAUUGGCCAAACAUGGGGGCUGAAAUCAGGGAUUUCUGUAAGUCUUGUGACAAGUGUCAAAGGAUGUCAACUAAGGGUAGAGUAAGACCAGUGCCAUUAAAGUCUAUGCCUAUUUUAACGGAACCAUUUUCUCGUGUUUCUAUUGACUUGGUAGGUCCAUUUUCUCCUCCAUCUUCUGAGGGUCACCGUUAUAUCUUAACCUUGAUUGAUUUUGCCACCGGUUUUCCAGAAGCACUGCCUCUUAAAGAGAUUGAUUCCAUAUCUGUAGCCGAAGCCCUUCUGGUGAUCUUUUCAAGGGUUGGUAUACCUCGGGAAAUUUUGUCUGAUAGAGGAAGACAAUUUGUUUCCCAACUAAUGGGAGAACUACAUAAAUUAUUGGGAGUCAAGCCACUCUUUACUACUCCCUAUCACCCUAGUGGGAAUGGAAGGGUGGAAAGGUUUCAUGCAACUCUAAAAGCCUCCUUAAGAAAAUUAUGUAGUGACAAACCAUGUGAAUGGCAUCGAUAUCUAGUCCCCACAUUGUUUGCGAUGCGAGAGAUUCCUAGCGAUCGAACAGGGUUUUCAGCCUUCGAGCUACUUUAUGGACGAACAGUCCGGGGGCCACUUUCAGUUUUAAGGGACUUGUGGGAAGACACAACCAUAAAGGAGGAUGAUAGAUCUUCUUUCCAAUAUGUCAUCGAAUUAAAAGAUAAGUUGGAAGAGUGUGCUAAAAUUGCAGCUCGAAAUGCUGAGAUCAGUUCCACCAAAUUCAAAUCUUACUUUGAUUUAAAAUCUCAGGAUAGGAAGUUUAGGCCAGGCGAGGAAGUCCUUGUACUCCUCCCUGAUAACACUAACAAAUUGCUCAUGUCUUGGAAUGGCCCAUAUACUGUUCUUGAGUGCCGUAACAAGGUAAAUUAUCUUAUUGAUGAAGGUGGAAAACCCAAGUUACUUCAUGCAAACCUAUUAAAGAAGUAUCAUAGGAGAGCCAUAAGUUGCCAACCUAAUGUUAUGGACGAAGAAAGUAAGAUAGAUGUCGAAACAAACCCAAAAGUAGUUCAGAAUUGCAUUCUAGAAGAUACUGAAUUGAGUGAUUGUAAUUUUCCAUUAACCUCUAAUGGAGAAGAGUCCAUUUUGCCUGAGAAUGACCAACCAGAUGUUUGUUCUGAUCUUUCAGCAGAGCAGAAAUCUGAUAUUCAAUCAUUAACUACAAAUUUCCGGGAUGUAUUUUCACUAAUUCCUGGUUGCACCAACACCCUGGAGCAUGAGAUUGAAGUCAACACCACAGAACGAAUUAAGUCUAAGAUUUACCCCAUUCCUAUACAUCUAAAAGCCCACUUUGAAGCUGAAGUUGACCAAUUACUUGAGCAAGGGAUUAUACAGCUAUCGUCCUCUCCCCAUUCGUCUCCAGUAGUCAUGGUCAAAAAGUCAGAUGGUAGCUACCGUAUGGCUAUAGAUUAUCGAGCUGUUAAUUCUGUAACUAAUUUCCAUGCUGAGCCAGCUUGCACUAUGGAAGAAGACUUGUAUAAAUUUUCAGGAUGUAAAUAUUUCUUUGAACUGGAUCUUACUAAGGCUUACUACCAAAUUAAACUUUCUGAGAAAGCCAGACCUUUAACGGCAUUUCCUUCACACAAGGAACUUGGGAAGAGCACACAGAGGCUAUUUUUUUCUGUAUUAGAGAGAUUACGUGAGCACAACCUCACUGCAAAACCUUCAAAGUGCAGAUUUGUUUUCAAGUCUAUUCAUUACUUAGGCUUUAUUCUUGAUGAUUCAUCAGACGUUGGGCUUGGAGCCGUUCUUCUACAGUACGUCGAUGGUCAUCCAUUCCCUGUGGCAUACGCUAGUCGAAAACUAUUAGACAGAGAAAGGAGGUACUCAACCAUCGAGAAGGAAGGCUUGGCUAUAAUAUUCGCCUUCCGCCUGCCGCUCAAAAAGAUAUUUCAAUUCCUUACAGCUUGUAUUAAACAAGGCAUCAGGGACACCCUAACUGGGCACAGGACGAACAAGGACCAAAAACAUACAAAGACCCCAGAGGAACAGGAGCGACCGCGCAAGCGCAGUUCGGGCGCGGCCGAAGGGCAUGAGGCUCCUGAAGGCCCGAGAUAA